AUGGCAGGGGAUACAUUAUUAGUGGGACAAGUAGCUGAUAUGUUACCCUCAGAGGGAACAUAUGCCCUAUUCAAGGAACCCAGUGAGUGCCGCAGGAGAGCCAAUGCCCCGGAGUGUAACACAGAAUUAAUAAAGGAUGUGGGGACUGCAUUAAAGGCACUCCAAAUUAAGGAUAAAGACUUGCCCAGUCACAUUGUGCAGAACUGGCAUUAUGCAUGUACAACCAAGGAGGGUGGCUCCCCGUACUAUGAUCUCUGUUAUUUUUUUUACUAUUGGUUGGGUACUCAAGUGAAGGAAAAAAUGACCGAGAAUUAUGAUUUUAAGUAUGCCAUGGAAGGGGCUUACCACCAUCUGAAGAGUACUAAUUGUGAUAAUAAAUGCACUAAUAUAUAUAGGGAUAUUAGCGAUGCCUUCUUCAAGAAGAGUAAAGAACUGUUCGAUUACAAUUAUAAUUAUAAAAUCCUAACACAGGGAGGAAGUAGUAAUAAAUGUUCCUUGUAUGAGAAAUUAAGCACGACAUUAGCGAAAGCGAGGGAUGAAUAUUCGUGGUUAGGGCGUAUAUGUGGUAGUGAGGAUAGUUCUAAUUCAUAUUGUGCAAAAUUUCAGGGAGGAAAUGGGGGGUGGGAAUAUCAGGAGCCGAACGCAUUAGCAGAAGUACCAUGUGAAGAAGAAGACACCUUCGAAGACGACACCGAAGAUGAUCUGGACGAAGACGACCUCGACGAGGAAGACGACGAAGAUGACGUCGAAAAAAAGGAGGACAAACUAACAGCGACGGAGGAACAGGAAUUGAAGAGUUCAGGUUUAGGGAAGGAGUAUGGAUAUUUAGGUGAUAGUAGGGAGACCGACUGUGUUUCUUACAAUAGUUACCCUCUAGAAAGUAUAAAAGAAAAAGUAGAGAGUGUGUUGGGGAGUAAUCACAUUAGUGAGGACUAUGCAGAAAAAAUAGUGACUGCCUGGUGUUUCGCACAUUGGAAAAAGGAGGCUAGGAGUUCUGCUGACAGUGAUUGGUGCUACUAUUUUUACUACUGGUUAGGAACAAAAGUGUGGGAAAGGGUGAUGGACAAAAAUGAGUUCUUUACGACUAUGGACCAAAUAUACCAACACCUACGGGGCUCUAAUACUGAUGGUAAGUGCAAUCAUAUGUAUAAAAAAAUAAAGAAAUCGGACUUCAAACGAAUGGAAAAAAUAUUUGAUUACUACAAGGACCAUCAGCUUAUAAAGCAUGAACUGAAUAAGUAUGGGAACGACAACCAUUGCAAAUUAGCAUACUCCAAAUACUUAAAAGAAGCUCUUAAAGCUUAUGAAAAAAUAAAAUCUAAAUGCCCAGAGGGUGGUACUACACAUCCUUAUUGUAACGACUUCAACACAAAAUAUAAACAACAGUUGUAUGAUGAACUGCAACAAUUGGCCAAAUGUAAAGUUGUGGACGAUGCCACAAAGCCUACUAAUCUUGUAGCACAUGGACCGCAACCCGAUGUAAAGGAUAUGGGGCCCAAACCCCCUUCAGAACCUGAAUUAAGGGUCACGGAACAAUCUGCUACAUUAGAUCAUGGAAGAGGGGGUGGUGGUGGUCACACCACUGCUACUGCUACUGAUGAUAGUGGCGUUGUACCUGGUGUCACUUCUGCAUUAGGAGUAGUAGCAGUUCCAUUCAUCACAUUCCUUUUAUAUAAAGUAAGUAUACAAUUAUAA